AUGGAGCAGUUGAUCAGGACCCUCAGCUCGUCGCAGCGAAAUGGAGGCAAGAUGAUUAGAAUCGGAUCGGGGCCGAUGUCUGUCGUCAAGAUGAUCGAGGCAGGCCAGCACUUGUGGAAGGCGACGCAGGACGUCGAUAGCAUUCCCAAAGCCAUCACCAUCAUCAAUGAAGCCAUUCCUGUAUUCCAGGUUAUGGCUAAAUCCAUCUGCGACAGCACAAAGGUUGCUGUAUCGUUCAGCAAUAUCGCAGCACAACUAGGCACCAUUGGUAACCUGGUCGUCACUUGCCAGGGCGUCAAGGCGUUGCAACUCAUUGCAUCGCAACUCAAGGACAUGAACGACACUCUCCAGGCGCAGACAGCAUUGUUGUCGAUCGAAAAGUUCCCGCAGGCGGUCUACGACAUCGUCGAAGAAGCUCUACACAACUACCAGGAUACUGACGACAUUUCGAACUGGUUCUUCGUGUAUCACCCUGACACACUGUGGACGCCUGGUUUCCACCGGCUCGUCAAAGACAAGGGACUUCACCGUCGGUUCUGCGGGCACAGCAACCAACUGGACGCGGCAAUCGUGUACAUGCUCGCCGCACGAGAAUACUCGGAGAGGGCCGCCCGCAACGCCAACAAGACCGGAAAGAGCAAGCGCAAGAUUCGGCUGCAUUUACUCAUCCCGGCGUACCAGCCGGUACUCAUCAAAGACCCUGUGAGGUUCCCCGAAGCCCUUGGUGAUUUCAUGGUCCAUGGAAAGAUACACAAUAGCACGCCGUUGGUGUGGAUAAAUAUCGACCAAGACCAAGAGCAUUGCUUGAGUGGAGUAGGAAGAUGGCGACCACCCAGCCAGAAAUGGUUCGAGGCCAUGUUCAACCAGCGGUUGGAACCCAAGACCCGCGAGCUGGGUAAGCCACUUCCGUGA